ACCUUUUCCACAAAACUAACAACCACCCACAAGGAUGCUGAACCAAGUGCCGCCAGAACGACCACCGCCUUAUUCGCGGCAUGCCUCAGCAGAGUCACCCUUGCCCUCUACGCCAACCCCACCUCGAUCGCCAUUGUCAACGCAUGUCUCACGUUCUUCGUCGAAUGCAUCUUCGACUCAUGUCUGUCUGCCAGACGACUACAAUCCACUACAGUACCCACCUCCCUCGCGCGUGCGAGCCGGCGCCAAGCCCGAUCUCGGCGAUAUCUCAGACCUGGAAGCUGUCGAUGAUGAUGAACCUCCGAUUAUACCUGUUCCAACCAAAGUACGCCCCGGUACCCUGCUGGAGUACCAGGAACACGACAAGGACCUUCAGAUCGGAGGAUUCCACACUCAAGUCCAGGCUCAAAACAUCCAAGGCGUUCAAUCCUCGCAAGCAGAGCCGACCAAUUUGAGCGGCACUAAAACCGCCACGACCUAUAAACUGCGCUCACCUAUCCAGCCUAAGGAGUUCAUCAAGGGUGCGCGUCUUGCAAUAGAAGGCUGCUUCAUCGCUCUAACGAAUCCCGACUUCAAGAAUGGACGACUUUACAAGACAUUAUUCCGGCUGCUGCUGUUCACUCUGGUCGCCCAUCUGGUGACCCAGGUUCUGUUCUUCUUACCCAUGGCGGCCAUUGGCAGUCUGCUACGAGUUUUCAGCUAUGCAGCGGACGCGGAUACGUCGGACUCGCAGCGGGGACUCGAGGUUUUUUCGAACAAGGCCCAUGAGCUGAUGAGCUCGGUCCCGUUGCUUGGCCUCUUAUUCAUGCGAUAUCUCUAUCCUCAGCCCUUGGAUGAUAUCUUUGUCGAUUCAUUGAUGUAUUCGGAUCAUUUGCUGCUUCAGGAACACGAGCACGCUAAACAGGAGCAGGCCAGGAACCCGACUGCAGUCGAUUCAACAUCGCCCUCAAUAUAUGUCAUGGACCAUCGUGGACCCUUCACCCCCGCGCUCCUGGCUUAUCCGCUCAAAGUUCAACAAUGGCAAGAGAUGUGGCGAUACAUGCGUCGAACUUGGAGACGUCUCAAGUGGGCAUUACUCUUCUUGGUACUAUCCUGGGUUCCUGUCCUGGGCCGAUUCGCGUUUCCGAUAGCCUCCUUCCUCUCGACUAUCCAGGCGAUCGGCUCAAAACCUUUGGCGGUGGUCUUCGCAUUGGCCUCGUUUAUGCUUCCAAGGAGUGUUUCGGUCUAUCUGCUCAAGGGUUUCUUCGGAUGCAGAGCCUUGACUCGUGAACUGCUCGACCCAUACUUUAUCAGGAUUGGAAUGAGUCAUUAUCAGAAGCGCAAGUGGUUCAACUAUCGAAAAAGCGUCCUGUUGGGCUUUGGAGUCGUGUUCUAUAUUGGAUGCAGCAUCCCGAUCAUUGGUGUUGCUGUCUAUGGUUUGGCACAAGCGUCAUCUGCAUUCGUGCUCCAAUCGCUCGCUGAUCCGCCACCACCUCCAGUAAUCAAACCAAAGACCCAGUCCAAGCGACAAAACUCGCGAAGCAAGAAGGAAUAAAGGCCCCUAGGAUUCAUGUACAACCACUUUAUCAAUAAAACUCAAUAUACCACUGAGGAUGACUA